UUCCGGACAGAAAUCUCCGUUGCACCAGCUGGCGUUACACUGACUACACCAGCAUUGUAGUUCUUUGGCUUUUAGUUAGUUGAAUCGCUGGCGGGGUAGACAAAAUGGACGAAGAACCGGAGAGGGCCAAGCGCUGGGAAGGGGGCUAUGAGAGGACAUGGGAGGUGCUGAAGGAGGACGAAUCUGGCUCACUCAAAGCCACAGUGGAAGAGAUCCUGUUCCAGUCCAAAAGGAAAAGGUUUUCCACAGCACACCAUCGCCUCUCCCACUGACCAGGAUGCCAAGCCUUCAUUCAGCAUGGCUCAUCUGGACAGCAGCAGUGGUCCAGGUCUGUCUCUGGGAGGAUACUUUUGUCCGCAGUGCCAUGCCAAGUACACAGAGCUUCCCGUGGAGUGUAAAGUCUGUGGUUUGACUCUGGUGUUGGCCCCCCAUCUCGCCAGAUCCUUUCACCACCUCUUCCCCCUCCAAGCCUUUAUAGAGGGUCCUGUGGAGGAGCUUCAAGAAGACAGGUUCUGUCAAGCUUGUCAAGGGGAGCUGAAAGAUAAAAGUAUAUUCACCUGUCCAACAUGUCGUGGUGUGUUCUGUGUGGAGUGUGAUCUCUUCAUCCAUGACUCACUGCACUGCUGCCCCUGCUGUAUUCACAGUCAGAGCGCCCCCUGAAGCUGAGAGGCUAACUAAUAAGGGCUCAGUGCCAAAGCUCCUGUCUACUCUGAGAACUGCAUCUGAGCCACUGCACUGUUUUCCUGAAUAGCACACCGCUUUAUAUUUGCAUUGUUUAUACACAGUUUUCUACUAAAGUUCUGUUUGUAACACAGUUACAAUAAAACUGAUUUUUGUUUUUGUA